AAAAAUAAACCAGUUUUUUCUUGAUUAUGUCUACGAAACAUUAAUAAAUCCAACAUUUAAAAAUGUUUCAAGAACCUGACUACAGAGAAAACUUAUCAUUGAUGUUAUCAGAGGUUUUACAUGACAUUGGUGUCAAUGAAAGAAUUGUGAUGAGAAGGAGAAGAGGAGUCAUGCUGAGGGAGACUAUGAGUAAUAUCAGGUGCAGGUUAACUGAUCAAAAUGGAACUAACUUUUAUCUAGGGAGUCAAAGUGAAGGUACAACUACUAUAGGACUUCAUUCAGACAUUGAUAUACUAGCCUUUAUACGUGAUUACAAUAUAAUACAAGACUGGUCAGAGUGGGAACAUGGCAAGUUAAACUACCUCAUGAUACAGGAUGAGAACACUACCCCCGGGUAUUGUUUCUUACAACUACUAAGAGAUGAUGCACCUCUUUCUGCAACUGUCUUUCCUGAUGAACACCAUAUUACUGAUAGAAGAGGAAGAAUAUUGUAUAAAAACACAGUGAAAAAUGAGUUUCUUGAGGGUGCUGAUCAGCAGCAUGGACCAUCUAUUGUUGAACAAGGAAAAUCUGGACUUUGUGAUAGAGACAAAGUGAUAGCUUAUCCAUGUAAAUCAUGGCCUCAAUCAGCAUCAGGUUGGUUAGAUAGACAAGGUAUUGGCAGAUGGCCAACACAAGAGAUGAGAAGAUAUGGAGCCAGUACUGGGUGUUUUGUUGUUCCAACUGGAAGUAAGGUCAGUAUAUAUCCUGAAUUGGAAUGGAGAAUAUCUACAUCGUUUACAGAAAGAUUUCUUAUGUUAAAUCUAAAUAUACCACAAAUAAGGUGCUAUGUACUAUUAAAAAUGAUUCUCAAGUCCUUCCUCAAUCCUCAUGAAAUCAACAUAUCAAGUUUCAUGUGUAAAACAGUUCUAUUACAAUGUAUAGAAAACACAGAGUCAGGAAUAUGGAAAGAUAAUAAUUUAUUUACAUGUUUAACAUACUGCUUAUUGGAAUUACACAGUAGUGUACAGAAUGAGUGUUGUUCACAUUUCAUUAUACCGGAAAAUAAUGUGAUGGCAGGGCAAUUUACAGCUGAGACAAAACAUGAUCUUUCAAAGAGUAUUUGUAAACUUAUACAAAAUGAUAGACAACAGUUACUUAGUAUUGAUAUUGAUCAUCUUGGUCAUAGACUUCAAGUUAAACUGAACAGGAUACCACAUGGAGUUUACUACCUUGUACCUUCUUCACUUGAAAUAUAUGAAAAUGUUUUGAUGAGUGGAAAUAUAAACAUUGCAAAUGGCAUAAGUGCACAGCAUGAGUAUGUUAUAAACCAUUUACACAAUAAAAACAUUAGAACAAUGAAGCAAUAUGUAGGUAAAUUAAUGACCUUCAGCGAUAAUGGUAAUAGAUUAGAACAUGCUGCAUUCAUGUUUCUAGGGCCUCUUCUUUUUACCACAUACGGAUCUAUCCUAGCAUCAUCCAGCAUUGCUGAAAAUAAUCAAGUGUCACCUCAAGCAUUGGUCUGGCUAUCAGCUGGUUUAAACUCAGAUAUCUCAUCUAGCAGACUUAAAUUGGCUUCAGUGUUUUACAGUACAGGAGAUAUGGAGAAAGCUGAACUAAUUCUGAGACACACAGAACAACAAUAUUAUUCUUAUCCUGUUUUACCUUUCUGUAGCUGCCAUAAUCAGCCACCAGGAGCAGUAACAUCAGAAUUCAAAAGGGUAUGUAAUGAACAAAGUGAGGACUAUAUCAAACAUAUUACAGCAUUUUGUGUCAGAUUUAUACAGGGAGAGAUCAACUGUGUUCCUCAUGAACUACAAUAUGAAAUGUUCAGAUCUACACAACAUGACAUGAUACACAGACAUGAGUAUAAAGACUUUUGGAUGAACUGGGCGGUAGUUGAUUCUCUACCUUUCUUAUACUUUCUACAAUACAAGAUAUACCGUCAUCUAGAAAGACAUCAGAAUAAACAACUAGCACUUUGUAAACUUUUUAGAACAAUAGCAACAGAUAAAAACCUCAGACAUAGAGAAACAGCCUUCAACAUUUUAGGACAAUGUAUGGAACAAGAAAACAGACCUCAACAAGCAUUUAAAUGCUACAUGCUUUCUCUUCAACAAAGGGCAAGAAACAAUGCAGCAAACUUUCAUAUAUGUAAGCUCUUUUCUGGCUUUAUGAUAACUGGAGAAGCCAAUAAAAAUGAUCAAAAAAAAGUAUGAAGACCAUAUUUUCCAAUGAUAUCAAACAAAUUAAAAUGACAAAAUAUAGGCUUGCCUACAUAUAUUUUGAAAUACCAUAAAAUAUGUUAAAUUGAAAGAAUGAUUUUAACUUCAAUGACUUUGAUGACUGACUUUACAUUUGAGAGUUAAGAGCCUCAAGUGAAGAAGACGAUAUUGCUUAUAUAUAUAAACCUUUGUUUAUGAUAUGAAUUUUUCCAGGCCUUUAUAUACAGUAGGCAAAACUGUCAGCUAAAUAUGUAUUUAGUCUUUUAUUGUUGGCAAUAAUUAUUAAAGCCUUGUUUUAAAUAUGUAUCCUGUAUAUAUAGUCUUGUUCUUAUUUAAUAUAUGUACCCUGUAUAUAACAUGACGCUGUUUAAUGCACUGCUUGCUAUGGAAAAUCAGCAGCCACUAAAGUCUCAGGUCAAUAAGAAAAUUGUAAUGAUAAGGUGAUUUCUAGAAAAGGUCACACAUUCUUAAAUGCUAAGUAGGUCAUUAUGUUGGAUCAAUUUGGAUCAAAGGGCAUGAUUAAUUUAAUUUUCAUAUAUUUUCAUAAGGCACUGUUACAUGUUUAGAUAUCUUAUCUCUAAAUUAUAUGGUUUCAGACAACCAUUGCUUUACAAAGCUAUGUUAGAAAAAUAUGUAAGCGCUCUGCAAUUUAGAUUCAAAGGAUUUUGACCAUGGAUGACCCAUGUUCAAAACUGAGCUAGAAAUCAUCAAAAUAAACUUUCUGACAAAUUUUCAGGAUAUUUGUGAUGAAAUGUAAACAAUUUUUUCAUGAUUUAGGUUGUGUGACCUAGGUUCUGACCCCAGAUGACCCAUAUUCAAACAUGACCUAGAAACCAUCUAAACAACCUUUAUGACUAAUUUCAAGGAUUUUUUUGAUUAAACAAUACUCUCGACAGACAAGGUUCUUCUUUAUUUU